UCAUGAAUUUCUUUCAUUAAAUUAAUCAUUCCAUUUUUUCUAAACACAUUUAUUUUUUACGAAAAAGACACCUUCAUCUACAAGCCUUCAUCACCGACGCUCAACACCCUUUUAUCCUAAUUCCCCCCAAUCCAAUCACUUCUCUCCACCUCACUUCCCCCCUCUCACUUUCUCUCUCCUCCCCCACUCUCUCUCAAUACCCUCACCUUCCUCCACCACAAAUGGUGGUUGAACCUCCAACAAAAUGGACUCCCCGCCGCAACAGCAACCCAAAAUUCGACACCUCUCCCGACCAAAUCCUCCUCGAAAUCCCUCAAACACCCCCUUCCGACGCUCGAAACAACAACAACAUUAACAGCCACCAUCACCACCACCUCACUGCAUCCUCCACCACCUCAAUCGCCACCAUUACAAUAGUCCUAGCAUGGUACUCCUCCAACAUCGGCGUCCUCCUCUUAAACAAAUACCUCCUAACCAUUUACGGCUACCGUUACCCUAUCUUCCUCACCACCCUCCACAUGCUCGCUUGUUCAGUCUACUCCUCCUUCGCCGUCCACUCCCUCCGCCUUGUUCCGGCGCAAGUUAUUCAAUCUCGGAAACAACUCCUUAAAAUCUUCUCCUUAUCAAUCAUCUUCUGCUUCUCCGUCGUCUGCGGUAACUCUUCGCUUAAAUACAUCCCCGUCUCGUUUAAUCAAGCAAUCGGCGCCACCACUCCGUUUUUCACCGCCAUUUUUGCAUUCGUAAUCACGUGUAAUAAAGAAGCGCCAAUUGUUUACUUAUCAUUACUCCCGGUUGUUCUCGGCAUUGUUCUGGCUUCGAAUAGUGAACCUCUGUUUCACUUAUUCGGGUUCAUCCUCUGUGUCGGGUCGACCGCGGGUCGGGCGUUGAAGUCAGUUGUUCAAGGGAUUUUACUGAGCUCAGAAUCGGAGAAGCUUAACUCGAUGAACUUGUUGAUGUAUAUGGCUCCCAUGGCGGCCGGUGUUCUACUGCCGUUCUCGCUGUACAUUGAAGGGAAUGUUGCAGGGAUUACGAUACGCAAAGCGAAAGAAGAUUGGUUUAUUGUCUUCCUUUUGGUUGGGAAUGCGACGGUUGCUUACUUAGUGAAUUUAACCAACUUUUUGGUGACGAAACAUACGAGUCCGCUGACGUUGCAGGUGCUUGGAAAUGCGAAAGCGGCGGUUGCGGCGGUGGUUUCGGUGUUGAUAUUUAGGAAUCCGGUGACGGCGAUGGGAAUGGUUGGUUUUGGAAUAACAGUCAUGGGUGUUGUGCUUUACACCCAAGCGAAAAGGAGAUCUAAACUUACAUCUCAUUAAUUCAUUGAUUUUUUUCUUUUUGGUAAAUAAAGAUAUAAAAUAAAAAAAUUAUAUUCUUGUUACUAGGAGUUUUUUUAAAGGAUUUUUUUUUUAUUUCCAUACUUAAAUCAUAUUGUUUCGAAUAUUAUAUUGUGAUUUUUUGCUGUUCUCCAAAGGGAGAAGCAACUUGUGACGAACAAGAAAGGAAAGGAAAGCUAAAGAAGAUUCGAUUAAUUUUUUUUAUUUUUUUUUGUCAAUUUUGUAAUUUUUUUGUCAAUUUUGUAAUUUGGUUGGCUUGUAAUUGUAUAGACCAAUAGUUAAAAGAUAAUGUUAGCCAAAAAGAAGAAGAAUGAGAGUAAUGUCUUAUUUCUUUUUUCUCGUUUUCAA